ACGAAAGUUCAGAGUUUUUUCAUCCAAAUUUAUCACUACAUUUAAAUAAAACUGAAACUUUAAUAUCUAGAAAAUUUGAGCAACAAAUACACAAAAACGGCUUUCUAUUAGAAAAAGUACAAAAACUCAUUUUUAGGAUUUAUAACUGACAGCAAACUAUCAUAGGAAAAACACAAAAGCAGAAAUGUCCUGAACUAUGAUUCACGAUGCCGUUCUUGUGAGUCAAACUCUCUUAUUUUAAAGGCAGACUCCAAUAAGCUCAGAUUCACAUUUCAAACAUGUUUUAUAUCACCAUUAUUACUUUGUAAGUUUGUGUCAUUUAGGGCGUGUUCGUGACUGCAGGAAGCUCCUCUGACUCCAUGCACAGAUUGCAGGGGAAGCCACAUGACUUCCUCUGUGGGGGCGGGGCUUCAGAGAAACAGAAACCUUCAGUCCAGUCCGUUUGUUUGGUCCCAGCUGCUGCCUCAGGUCUCAGACGGCUUCAUGAUGAGCGGCUCAGAUGUGCUGCAGAUGUCAGGGGAGGUUCUGGAUGAGCUGGACCUGUACAGACGUGAAUCCACUGCAGAGGGUCGGCAGGGACUGAUCCCAGCUGUCAGGAGGUGCAGGAAGGCUCGACUCGGCGGCUGUGAGCUCUCGGAGACCCACUGGGAGGUGGUGGCCUCGGCUCUGAAGUCCAACCCGUCCCACCUGACAGAACUGGACCUGAGUGACAACAAGCUCCAGGAUCCAUCCGUGAACCUUCUGUGUUCUGGACUGGAGAGUCCGAACUGCAAACUGCAGGUUCUGAGGAUGAAGAACUGCAGUCUGUCAGAGAUCAGCUGGUCGGAUCUGAUCUCAGCUCUGAUGUCAAACCCGUCCCACCUGACAGAACUGGACCUGGGCGCGAACAAGCUUCAGGAUCCAGGAGUUCAGCAUCUGUGUGGUUUUCUGCAGCAUCCGGACCUGAAGCUGCAGACUCUGAGACUGGAUGACUGCAGUCUGUCAGAGAUCAACUGUUCUGCUCUGGUCUUGGCUCUGAUGUGCAACCCGUCCCACCUGACAGAACUGGACCUGAGCUACAACUGGGAUCUGAAGGACUCAGGAGUUCAGCAUCUGUGUGGUUUUCUGUUGAGUCCAGACUGCCGGCUGCAGACUCUGAGGCUGAAGAACUGCAGUGUGUCAGAGAACAGCUGUGCGUCUUUGGGCUCGGCUCUGAUGUCCAACCCGUCACACCUGACAGAACUGGACCUGAGCGGGAACGAUCUCCAGGAUUCAGGACUUCAGCAUCUGUGUGGUUUUCUGCAGCAUGCGGACUGCCGACUGCAGACUCUGAGAUUAAACGCCUGCAGUCUGUCAGAGAUCAGCUGUGGACCUCUGGCCCGCGCUCUGAUGUCCAACCCGUCCCACCUGACAGAACUGGACCUGCGGGGCAACAACAACCUGCAGGACUCAGGAGUUCAGCAUCUGUGUGGUUUUCUGCUGAGUCCAGACUGCCGGCUGCAGACUCUGAGGUUAUGGAGUUGUGGUCUGUCAGAGAUCAGCUGUGCGGCUCUAGUCCAGGCUCUGAAGUCCAACCCGUCCCACCUGACAGAACUGGACCUGAGGUUCAACAAUCUGGAGGAUGCAGAUGUUUGUGAGCUGAAGGAUCUGGUGGAGAGUCCAGACGUCCACCUGCAGACUCUGAGAUGGAAGUGAUUGCAUGGGAUCAACCAUACGGCCUUCUGGGUAUUUAUGUCUCCAAGGCGUGUUGGGGGGGGGCACCACAUCAACACGCCUGCUGGAUCCUAAACAGAACAAUAAACCUCACCUACUGCAGUGGGUGAGGUGCAUCAUGGGAGUUAGUGCUUCAGCUUUUAUAUUGGAGUGAUUGUCAGACUUUAUUGGAAGAAGUUUGUGUUGUUUUGUGUGAUUUCCUUCACUUGUGUUCCUGUGAUCAUGACUGAAUGGAGCUGAAGCUUCAAGAGGCAGCAGGUGGUUUCAGGCUUCAGUUAUUAUACAUCAUUUAGAUCAAUAAUGUAGAAAAGACUGUAUUUAAAAUAAGACUUAUGAUGGUGUUUUAAAGAGUCCAGAAAUGAAGACUUCUGUGCAGCAAAUCCUUCUUUACUUCUGUAUUUCCUGCUUCUCAGAGAUCCUGAUUCUGGUUUUUGAAAGAAUAAAUGUUUUGUCUCCUGA